AUGCCUUGCAGAAUUCCCCGUGGAAGUCUGCGGCGGUUCCGGCGGCGUAAGCGAGCGGGGCCUUCGUUGAUAGGAAGAGGCUCCGCGGGAAGAGAACCGCGUAAACGUACCUCUGGGUCCGUCGUGGUGUUGUCCGCCGGGGGUGGCGGUAGCAGUGAAGGCGGAGGAGGUUGCAGACGUCGUGAUUUGGAACGUCGAACGGGUGGCGGUCGGGGUGUCCCCUGCCUUGCCACCAUCAGCUCUUCUGUCGCAGGAAGCGCGGGGGGUUGCGGCCCCGUGGUGGGGCUCCCCUCCUACAAAAAGCGCCAAGGCAGUGGCGUUUGGAGCCGCGGAAGUCGUGGACGCGGCAGAGGCCGCGGGGGCGGCGCGAACCUCUUCGGUUCUGGCGUCGCCCCCGCGAAUUACGCACCACCAGGACUGCAGGGCGUUGCGCCUGGGCUGCGGGAGGUCGUGAACAUCCUCGGCAAGAGAAAUCAAGCUGGCACCCUAUCGGGCGUAGGCCCGCCGCCGAGAACGCUGGAUAACGAUAGCACAUGCGAGGAGGAGGGGACUUCUACCAAGAGACCACCACCAAGGCCUCUCUACAGGAGGUUAAUCAACUACGUGAGGCAAGCCUGGACCGGCGUCAAAUUCGCCCUAGACUCGGAAUACGAGGAAGAGCAAAUACCGAGAUACAGGCCGGACUCCUUAGCAAGCCUUUGUCGAGCAACUAGAUUCACAGAAGCUGAACUGAAGAGAAUAUAUCGCGGCUUCAAGGCUGAAUGUCCUACGGGAGUCGUCAGGGAGGAUACUUUCAAGUACAUCUAUUCACGGUUCUUCCCCCAAGGAGCCAAUACAAGCCAGUACGCCCAUUACGUUUUUAAUACUUUGGAUCAGGAUCACAGCGGACUUCUUAGUUUCGAGGAUUUUGUUACGGGUUUGAGUAUACUAUCUCGUGGCUCGAUAGACGAAAAACUUCGUUGGACAUUCUCUCUUUACGAUAUCAACGGCGACGGGUGUAUCACGAGGGAGGAGAUGACGGACAUUGUGACUGCCGUAUACGAGCUGAUGGGAAAAUUUGCUGAUCCCAACUUGAACCAUGAGGGUGUACGCGAGAAAGUGGAUCGUAUGUUUCAGAAAAUGGACGGCAAUCGAGACGGCGUAGUGACACUAUCUGAGUUUUUGGAGGCUUGUCGAGCAGAUCCGGAUAUCUCAACCAAUAUGGCUGCUCUAGACACUGCUUUCUGACACUCACCGCGCACGCGAUACAUACCAUGGACUUGAAGGGAUCACUCGAUUAGGAAAUAAAUCGCUCAAUAUUGUACCUUAACUCCUUUGGACCAGAGAGGAAAGGAAUUCCUCAAAAUGUGUCCCGUCGUCCUGGAGCGACUGAUAUGCGAUUUUUCAGAAUUGAUUGUUUCGAGAAACGACCUUGCGUCACUUUGCGCGUAUUAGCUCAACAAAAUCUACUCAGCGGAAUUUCUAGAUAUGCAAGAAAAGAGUAUUGCGAAAAAGAGUAUAAGAGGAGUACAAGUAAAUGGUGUGUUUCACCACGAGAUUUGCGACUUAGAUGUACCAAACAAUGACAAAAGUGGUUGUUUUGUGAUAGAAACAAAAACUAAGCGAAUAUUUGAUUGAAUCGAUGUGCUGCCUCCCUCCUCCCUGAGAUAGGAUGUUUAUAGGAUUAGAUAUCAGAAUCAGCAAGUGAGAAAAUAUAUGCAACAGCUGAUUGGAAGCAAGUAACGAGCGCACUAGGACGAUAAAAUAAUUUUGGUAUUUUGCUUGAAACUUGCUUAGAAAAUGAUGAUAUCCGUUACGAAAAGAAUGUAUGUAAUGCUCCCCCCCACCCCACCCAAUAGUUGUCAAGUGUCAGCAAGUGGAUUUCAUAAAGCUUUAGCAUUAGUGAGUAAGUGGUUAGCAUGUAAACGAGAACUAGAAGUGAAUCUUUGUAUCGAAUGGACAAUGCAUUAUCGUAAAUUGUAAGUGAAAGAUUAAGAAUGUAUUUUUAAAAUCUAUACACGACGUUACUCGCACUAUUUUUAUUUUUUCUUCUUUUAAUUUUUAAUUACAAACAUUUUCCAAUUACAAUUUUUUAAUUGA